AUGCCACAUCACCGUUUUGUGAAACUAGAGAACCCACAUAAAUUGUUGUCUUUCAUCCAUGUGAAAAAGGGCCGCGACACUAAUGCCACUUAUGACUAUGUUGUCGUUGGAGGAGGUACCGCCGGCGCCGCUAUUGCUACUCGUUUGGCUCAACAGUCCUUCAGCGUGGCACUCAUCGAAGCUGGAGUACAGUAUGAGUUUGAGUCACUGGCUGCUCUCCCCAUAGCCGACGUAUUCCCUGCAGGCUCCGAUCCGACAACAAACUCAGACAUCGAUUGGGGCUUUGUAACCAAGGAACAGCCGGGAGCAAACAAUCGUGAUAUCCAUUUUGCGCGAGGCAAGUGUCUCGGUGGCAGCUCGGCGUUGAAUUUCAUGAUUUAUCAACGGCCGACUAUAGAGUCAAUGCAAAAAUGGGCCGAUGCCGUCGACGACAAUAGUUAUGUAUUCGAUAAAGUUUUUCCUUAUUACAAAAAAAGCGUCGCGUUUACGCCACCGAACACGCAGGCUCGCUUUCCUAACGCAACAGUAGAAUACCAGGCAUCUGCCUUUGAGUCGAACGGUGGGCCUUUGCAGGUCUCAUAUACAAACUAUGCAAUGCCAUUCUCCACUUGGAUGCUGCUUGGAAUGGAAGCAAUUGGCAUCAACAAAACCGAUGACUUUAACUCUGGAUCUCUCUUCGGUACCCAAUACUGUGCCUCCACAAUCCGCCCCUCUGAUGAGACCAGAAGCAGCUCCGAAUCCUCAUUUUUAGCAACUUCUAACUCGAGCUCCUCAUUACAUGUGUACUCGUCAACGCUAGCAAAAAGAAUAUUAUUCAACGACGAUAAACAGGCUACUGGGGUGAAAGCAACAACGUCAGGAAAUUCAACAAUUCAGAUAGAAGCCAAUAAAGAAAUUAUCAUUUCUGCAGGUGCCUUCCAAUCACCGCAGCUGCUGAUGGUUUCUGGAAUUGGACCGUCAAACAUUCUACAGCAAUACAAUAUUGAAACUGUGUCUGACCUUGCUGGUGUUGGACAGAAUAUGUGGGAUCAUCCAUUUUUUGCUCCGACCUAUCGUGUCGGAGUAGAAACUCUGACUGCAACCGCCAAUAACUUUCUAAAUCUUGGAGCAGAGUUUGUCACAUAUGCAACGACCCACACAGGCAUAAUGACUAGUCCAAUUUCAGAUUUAUUAGCCUGGGAAAAAAUUCCUAGCAGUCUACGGGCCAAUUUUUCUUCCGGAACCACCCAGGCUUUGUCAUGGUUUUCGGAUGACUGGCCUGAGGCCGAAUAUAUCUCUGGUGCGGGCUACAUUGGGAACUGUUCCAACCUCUUUGAGAUCCAACCAAAGGAUGGAUACCAAUACGCAUCCAUUCUAGGCGUGCUGGUGGCACCCACUUCACGAGGCAAUAUAACAAUCACCUCUUCAGACACCUCAGAUCUACCAACAAUCAACCCUAACUGGCUGGCGACGGAGAGUGACCAACAAGUUGCCAUUGCAAUAUUUCGUCGCAUCAGAGCCGCUUUUCAAAGCAAGGCGAUGGCCCCUGUCAUCGUUGGCGAAGAGUACUUUCCUGGCACGGAUGUUCAGACCGAUGAUGAAAUUCUCGAAUUCAUCAGAAAUAAUCUGAUGACUCUAUGGCAUCCUGCAGGAACAUGUAAAAUGGGAACCGCAGAUGAUUCAACAGCAGUCAUUGAUAGCAAAGCACGAGUUUUUGGCGUUAAAGGACUGAGGGUUGUCGACGCCAGUGCCUUUCCCAUUCUACCACCAGGGCAUCCCCAGUCUACAGUCUAUAUGCUAGCGGAGAAGAUCGCUGACGAUAUUAUUAAUAACUUGUGAGACUUAUCGAAAGUAACAGCUGGAUAAUAGAUUCCAAAAAUUAAGUAUAGCUUCUUUUGAUUAGUUGAAGUUACGUCUCAAAGUCUGAAGUAUAUAAUAUGUUUUUCUAAAUGUUACAAGUGUGUUGGAUAUUAGGACUGGACAAUCUGGCAAUUACUUCUUGGCUAAAGGUUAAAUUAUAACAUGCUAAGACAAC